AUGGAUGGAACACAGACAAAAGCAUUUAAAGACCUGGAAUGCUCCCCCUCUUUGAUGGGUGGGCUACGACAAGAAUCAGAAUCUUUCGCAGUAGUUAACACUCUGCUCACCAUUACAGCAUGUCUCAGCAAUAUUGUUAUCCUUGUUGCCCUUCACAAAGAAUCUUCCCUUCAUCCGCCGUCUAAACUCUUGUAUCGUUGUCUGGCAACAACUGAUCUGUUGAUUGGUCUUGUUGCCCAACCUCUAUAUGUUACUUAUUGGAUAUCCGUGGUUCACGAACAACGGAACUGGGGUGUUUGUCGAUACAUAGGCUAUGCAAACCACACAACAACCCUUGGCUUAUGUACGGUGUCUCUAUUGACGAUGACAGCCAUAAGCGUGGACAGACUUCUUGCACUGCUGUUGGGGCUGAGAUACAGACAAAUCGUAACUUUGAAGCGCACCUAUAUCAUUGUCGCUGCCAUUUGGGCUUAUUCUCUCGCCGGGGCCUUCUUAAUCAUCAUAACUGAUUAUCGUAUAGUGUACUUGUACAUUGGCACAUCUAUACCACUUUGCCUGAUUAUUUCACUGGCCUCGUAUACAAAGAUUUUUUGCACUCUCAGGUAUCAUCAUACUCAAGUUCACGAUCCUGUUCAACAUCCGCCAAGCCAACUAAAAGCACUGAACAUGGCGCGAUACAGAAAGGCGGUACACAGUGCACUGUGGGUGCAGUUAGCAUUAAUUGUUUGUUAUGCGCCAUCCUCUAUUGUAUUGUUUUUGACAAUCGUUCAUAGUGGAAUAUUUUCGUCACACUUGUUCGUCAUAUUGCAGAUAACAAAUGUCUUAGUCUACUUUAAUUCAACGUUAAAUCCGUUUCUGUACUGUUGGAAGAUUAGUGAAGUAAGACAAGCGGUAAAGCAGACAAUAAGACAAGCACUUUGCUGUCCAGAGAGUUAGAUCGUUCGUAGCUACACUCGAAUGAAUGUUUGUAAAGCUGAGUCAUACAGUCACGAUUAUUACCUGCCGUAGAGAACGCUUGUCCGAUAUUUUAUUGGAUAGGAAGAAAUAAGAAAC